AUGGUCCAUCAGACAAUCCACACAGGGGAGAAACCCUUCAAAUGUGAGGUUUGUGAUAAAGCUUUUGUGACAUCUACAAGGCUGCUAAGACACCAAAAGAUUCACACAGGGGAGAAACCUUUCAAAUGUGAGGUUUGUGAGAAGGCUUUCAUCCAAUCCUCCCAUCUCCUGAUGCAUCAAAGGAUUCACACAGGGGAGAAACCUUUCAAAUGUGAGGUGUGCGACCGAGCCUUUGGACAAUCAUCUCACCUCCUGCGGCAUCAUAAACUCCACACCAGAGAGAAUUUCCCCAAGUGCGAAGUGCGUAAGGAGGGAUUUGGACAAUUAUUAGACCGAGUAAAACAUCAACGCAUUCGCACUGAUGAGAAACCAUUCAUGCAUGAUGUUUGUGGCACUUCAUUUUCAGAGUCAUGGAAUCUCCAUGGACACCAAUGCAUUCACACAGGGGAGAAACCAUUCACUUGUGAGGUAUGUGAGAAAUCUUGCUUGCGGUCAUCAAAUCUCCAUGUACACCACAUGGGGGUGAAACUGUUCAUAUGCAAGAUGUGUCACAGAGCCUUUACACGGUUAUCAAACCUCCUGGUUCAUCAGACAAUCCAUGCAGGGCAGAAACUCUUCAAGUGUGAAGUUUGUGACCAAACGUUUGCGACAUCUAAAAGCCUCUUGAUACAUCAUCGAGUUCAUACAGGGGAGAAACCCUUCAUGUGUGAGAUAUGUAACAGGGGCUUUGCACAAUCUUCGGCCCUGGUGAUUCACCGACGCAUUCACACAAGGGAGAGUCCAUUCACAUGUGAGGUGUGUGAGAAAUCAUUUUCAAAGUUAACAAACCUUCGCCGACACAAACAAAUCCACACAUGGAGGAAAGCGUCAAGUGUGGGGUGUGUAAUGGAGAGUUUGGAUGAUCAUUGA